GGUAAAAAUAACAGACAAAGAGGAGGAGGAGAAAAAAGGACGAAUAAUCGAGAAUGUUACACAAGGAUAAUUUAUUCGUCACGUGCUGAAGAAGUGUACGUGACAGAGUAACUUCACAAGGCUUUUAGGCAUAUAAAGUGUCAUACAUGUGUACAUGGAAACUGUUUCCGCUGGAUCAAGAGUGGCCUGAAAUGGAAAUUGUUUCAGCUGAAAGAAGAGUGUUAUCGCCGUUAUUUACAAUUCGUAGAAGGCUUUGUUAUUUGUUUCGUCGUGAGUGCAUAAGACCGACGGAUUUAGGCCGGAGACUAAUGCUGUAAUAAGCAUUUUUGUCUGAGCGGGCGACAGAGAUGUUACUCGAACUCAUUGCGACUUUCUGCUUUAUUGUUUCAUGUAUCCCUUUCCUCGCUUCUGCAGUUUGGCUUACUUGGUCAAAAAGAACGCGGCAUAUACCGCGCAUCCCUCGUAGAUGGCCUAUCAUAGGUAAUGCAUUCCAGUUGUCCAUGAACCAGUGUCAUCUUGUUUUUACGGAGUGGUCGAAACGUUACGGAGCCGUGUUCGAAGUGAAAUUAUUCAACGAAAAGAUCGUAGUUUUGAAUGACUAUAACAGUAUUCAUGAGGCCCUGGUGCAGGCCGGGGCCACUUUUGCUGGCCGACCGAAGAUGCACCGUACAGACCAAAAGCAGAGGUACAAAAAGUCUAUUGUUUGGCAAACCUACACUCAAAAGUUGGUCUUCUUGCGAAAAGUGGUACACAAAUCGUUGAAGAUGUACGGGCUCGGGCUUUUAGCGUUAGAAGAUGUAUGUAGGCCAGAACUGGAGUCAUUGGUGAACCGAAUUCAGCAAAUGGACGGCACGGCGUUUGACCCAAGUCGUAUUUUCUUCGACUCUGUCGGCAACGUAAUGUUAUAUUUUCUUGUUGGACUUCGCUUUGACCCUGACGGGCCGGAGAUUGAGACCAUCCGAGCCAUGAGUAAACUAUUCAACGAAACGUUCGGUGCAGGGGACGGAAAGCGUCUUGACGUCAUGCCCUGGCUCAGGUUCGGGCAAAAUAAAGAAACUCGGCGAUUGGAGACAGCACUGAACGUCAGAGACCGAUUGUGGGACAAUCUUGCGAAACAGUAUGGAACGUUUUCGAAAAAAAGCGUUAUUGGUCACAUGCAAAGUCUGAUAAACGAAAACUCAGACAUAGAUGACGACACUGCUAAAGAAUGCUUCACCAACUUAAUUUUAGCAGGUGUGGACACGACAGCUACUGCCCUGUCUUGUCUGAUUUUGAUCCUGCUGCAGAAUCAAGAUCUGCAGACACGGAUGCAGGAAGAGAUCAAUGGUGUUUUCCCGGAAGGUGUCUUUCCAUCGCUUUCUAAACGCCAACAAACCCCGUUCACAGAGGCCGUUAUUUUAGAACUUCUUCGUUAUAUUUCACAUGUGCCCCUUGCGGUACCUCAUUCUACUCUAGAAAACGCUACCAUAUGUGGAUAUCAUAUAGAUGCAAAUGCUACGAUUUACAUAAACCUGUGGGCAUUGCAUCAUGACGAACGUAUUUGGCCUGAUCCUUGGAAAUUUGACCCAGGUCGUUUUCUUGACAACGACGGCGCAAUUCUUAGUCCGUUGCAUCCGAAAAGAAAAAGGAUGCUUGCAUUUGGAGCUGGACGAAGAGUAUGUUUAGGAGAGUCGUUGGCCAAGAACCGUCUGUAUUUGUUUGUGACCGCGCUACUACAGAAAUUAACCUUUGUUCCGGACGAUUCCGAGGCUGUUCCUGACCCUGACCCGCGCUCCUACGAUCUCGGACUUGUACUGCAUCCAAAGCCAUUUAAAGUUAAGGCAAUCAGACGGGUACAUGAUCCAUGAACAAGUAUAGCAAUGAUCAUAUACAAUGGAGAAACAUGUAAAUAAUUAAUUUUAUGCUGACAUUUUUUUUAUUUAUGUUCAUGUUUACGAUACUUUUUAACUGUUGUGCAUGUAUUACAUAAAAGAAAAUGGUACUUUAACAGCCAGUUUUAUUGGCAGCAGAAACAAAAACACAAUUUUACAAUUUUUACAAUCAAAAGUAUGUACAUUUAUGGAUGAACAUGGGUAUUUAAUAAAUUGUUUGAAAGAC